AUGGUGUUGGUGAACUGCGUGGGAAGAGAGGUGGGGAGAGUUGAGGUGAUCGCGCCGGCAGCCAGGAACGCGGAGAGGGAGGUGGUGGAGGUAUUGGUGGAGCUGGUGGCGCCGGCGGAAGUGGAGAGUUGCAUCGCGAGAUCGCAGGUCCUAGACGGGAACUCUGCUCUGAUACCAAGGAUAACUCUAAAUGAGUUGCUGAAGAAGAAAGUUCAGGAAAAAGUCCAGGCAAUUGCUUCUGAAGUUCCCAUCUAUGUGGCAGUGGUGAUCAAAUGCUGUGUUGGUGGCAACCUCUUUUCUCUGGCAUUCUGCAAGGGAUAUGCUUCAGCUUAUCUUCGAAGCAGAGAUCAAACUCUCACGCUUCAGCUGAAGGACAAGGAGUGGGACACGACAUUACACGUCAGGCCAAACAGUAAAGCCAUUCAUGGAGGCUGGUCGGAGUUUGCCAUCGACAAUGACCUUCGCCUGGGAUAUAUUUGCCUCUUUGCAAAGAGGGGCAUUAGAAUUCUUGUGAUGAGGAUCCAUAUAGUUCGCAACUCAGGUGAUCAAACAUGCCGCAAGGAGACAUGCUAUAAGCUGUACUUCCAUGUGCUGUUUCAACUGUCAUUAGGAUUUUAGCUCACCGGGAAUAGCAGAUAAAAGGUGUAGGAUUAGGACCCUGUUUUUGUGUGAGCUAGAGAAGAUGGGGAUUAUUUAUUCAAACUGUUCUAAGGGUACUGCGAGAGGCGAGAUGGACGCCGCUUGUGAGGGCUGUGCUUUGUGGAGGGAUCAUUGCUAUUGGGACCACAGGAAGGAUGAGAAGAAGCCGUAGUUUUCUGUUCUAGCUUCAGAUGAUUUCAAGAAU